AUGUCGCGAUAUGUAAAAUAUUUCGUUCAAGCGAAACGUCUUGACAAACGAAAAAGAAAGUAUGGGCAACUAGACUUCUUAGAAUUAAGCAAAGAGCUUAGCAUUCCUUUUCCAUUGAGAGAAAGGAACCAACCCAAACACUUAGACUUGUCUAAGUACUUAAAUAUUAAAGUAGGAGAUUUAGUUAAAGUGUUAUAUGGGCCGUAUAAAGACAGAGAAGGUAUUGUGUUAAACAUAAAUCCAAAAAGAAACACACUAAUUGUUGAUGGAUGUAACAUGAAAAAAUCAGCAUGGAAUGUUACAAAUAAAAAAACAAGUUCAAUUAUAACGCAAGAAAUGCCUAUUCAUAUAACUAAUGUCGCAAUUUUAGAUCCAAUAAGUAAAAAACCAACUGUUGUAAAAAGAAGAUAUAUGAUGAAUGGAGAAUGUGUACGCAUAUCAAAAAUAUCUGGAUGUGCUAUGCCUGAACCUGUUAAUAAAAAUGCCUUGAAAGAACAAAAUAAUUAUGAACUCUUCAUUCACAAAAAAAAAACUGGACCUCCCAUUAAGGACAUUUAUGCAGAGAGAGAUUCCAAGAACUUUAAUUUGUUAAAAAAAAUAGCAUACGAAAUUAAAAAAAAAAAGUUUUAUGAAAUGAAAAAUUUUUUUAACUCUUCUCAUCAGGGUGAAAACAGCACUUCUCUGGAAGAGUAA